UUAAAUAGUUACUCUUUAAUGAAUUUUUACUUUUUUUACAGGACGGUGUAUCACUGCCCAUUUUGCAAUUUGUGUCGUGUUGGUAAAGGACUUGGUGUGGACUUCUUCCAUUGCAUGACCUGCAACUGUUGCCUUGCAAUGAAAUUAGUUGAGCACAAAUGCAGAGAGAAAGGGCUGGAGACUAAUUGCCCCAUUUGUUGUGAAUUUCUUUUUACAUCUAGUGCUGCAGUAAGAGCUCUACCUUGUGGCCAUUUCAUGCACUCAGCAUGCUUUCAGGCAUACACUAGCAGUCACUACACGUGCCCAGUGUGUAGCAAGUCUCUGGGAGACAUGGCUGUAUAUUUUGGCAUGCUUGACGCAUUACUUGCUACUGAACAGCUUCCUGAAGAAUAUAGAGACAAGUGCCAGGAUAUACUGUGCAACGACUGUGAUAGGAAAGGAACAUCUUCAUUCCACUGGCUUUACCACAAGUGCGGCUCCUGCGGCUCAUACAACACACGGGUGAUCAAGUCUGAGCCCCACUGCUCAACGUCUACCAAUUGAGUAAUAUUCUCUCUUUGCCUCGCCCAAUUAAAAUGGUUCUGAAUAUUUUGAUGAAGAUUUGGUCUUGAUGGAUUUUAAAAUUUUAAAAUUUUAUUUUAGAUGCUUGCAAUAUAUAAAUAAUUAAUUUUUAGGGGAAUUUGCAUGCAUACCACACCAUCUAAAGUUUGAUAUUUACAUUUGUAAUGAUUCGGUGCCAUGAAACUUUGCUUGAAAAGGUUCACUUUUAAGAAGUCAGUAGUGUGUGGCAUUUUGAUGUGAUAUUAAAGUUUAGAGUGUUAUCUAUGUGAAUAUGAAAGUAUA